AUCUGGGUAGGAGUAAUUCUAAAGUAUAUAUUCUUUAAUUAUGAACUGUUUAUUUACUCUCUAACUAUUACUUAAAAUUGGUAUUAUUUUGGUAAACAAAGGAGAAAAUCCCUUAAAUUGAUGGGCCUAGAAUAUUGAAUAGUGCUGAGGCUGCCACGGAAACGUGCCUGAGUUCGAUUUCCUUGUGGAUUCUCCUUGUUCAGCAGCUCUCAGUCGACUAAACACCUUAUUAUAUCAUCGCUUGUAGAGUCACAAUAGUUGUCGGCGAGGCAAUUGUACGAUGUGUAAAACUUUCACUAGGAAAUAAUUGAUAUCUCAAUUGACAGAGCAGAUAUUACAACUUCCGGCCAUUUCGUACUCUGUGAUACCAACAUAAUACUGAUCAAUGUAGAACACGAAUAGCUUGUUUUAAAUAAAAUUUUUCUAUUUUAAUGAUAAAUAUUUGUAUUAUUCACUUAAAAAGGAUGCAUUACAUAAAUUACCUGGUUUUAAAAUUACCACCCAUUUUAAAGCGUACAUACCUUAUAAAUAGUGAACACUGACUUUUCAUUUCACUAAUUAUGUUUUUACUGACGAAUAUAUAUUUUCAACGUUUUGAUGAAUAUUUAAUUAAUUACGUUAAUGACAUAGAUAAUUUUAUUUAAUUAUCCAGAAUACAAAGGACAAGGUAAAAUCACUCUACGAGUCGCGUAACAGGUUUUGUUGAGGUUGCAUACAAAGUUCAAGUCUAUAGCUCUUUUCAAACUUUAUUUGUCCUACGGAUAUGCAGACUAACAGAGAAUCAUAUACAAAAUUAAGUUCUACAUCCCCUCACAGAUAAAACAGAUAUUGUGGCUGCCAAAUCUUUCUCGAGAUAUCUUAAGGAUAGACAGUGAGAAAUGGAAUCAUCCAGCCCCUCCAGUGAUAGGCUUCACCGAUGCUCAGCCAAUAGAAGGUUUACUUAAGCAAACGCCAGCAAUUAAAUUGAGUCGUAUAGAAGUUACAUGUCUCGAAGAAAAAUUGUAUUGUUAAAUAAAGAGGACAAUGAUAGUUUUGGGAGCGAAGGCGUUCAUUUAAAAAAGGGUUUAGAGAUAAUUGGGCUUAUAACCCUAAUAUUGAUAACAAGAAGCAAACUACAUAAACGUUUUUAUUUCGUGGAAACCGAUCCCAGUUGUAUUCCAGAAAUUAAUUGAUUAAUGUUUGAAAAUAAAUUUGUUCUGAGUGUUUACAGUAAACAUUUGUUAUAAGUUCCAUGAAAUGUGUAAGAAGCUUGAAGAAAAUGUGUUUAUUGUGCAUUAUGUGCUCGAUUUAAAUGAAUAGACAACCAGUAAGCGUGUAAGGCUGCGUGUAGCUUUUACAUGAAUAUUCACGAGGCUAUUGAAUAUUUAGGAAGAAACUGAGAAAUUGAGAACAACAAGUUGUUGUCAACGGCUCCCUUACCACUGUGUUCAUACAAAGUGUUAAGGUAGGAACGUUACAUUUUCUUAUUAUUUCCAAAUCACUGUUGAAUAUAUGGACACAAUAAAACAAAUAACUGGAUGUAAGUCCGUUUUGAUCGUACAGAAUGUUAAUACAGUAAUCUCUCAUCUCGUUAAAGCUACACAAACCUUUCAGGUUUACUGAUUUGGCCAAAUGUUAAACUGCGGUAAGUUUUAUGACUAUUUUUAUUUUACUUCUUUCCCCACACUGGGGAAGAAGGCAAAUCUAAAUGUUCAAACAGCUGAUAUAUUGUGACCCGUAAAAUAAAGAAAACAAAAACCGAAAUUCAACACAUUUAACAAACACUUUUCUCUUGUCCUGUUCAAAAUUUUCCUAUCAAUCAAAAUUUUCCCAUAAGGGCAGAUCAAUAUUUUUCAAUUAGUAAAUCCAUUCCCUUACCCUGACAAAUAGUCAUCUAUCUCAUGAAAUAUUUUAAAAUUUGUAUCCAAAGCCGCUUAGUAAAGUGCUUAUCGUUUCCCAAAUUAUAAAGUGGAUUUUUAUUGUUCUGUUAUGUGUAAAGUUUGUAUUCUGUAUUUUAGAAGAAACAGGAUCCCUUAUUCUCUUAAGAGGAAAAUUUAUAAAUAUUUUAACACAACUGUCUGUUAAGGUUAAUAUUUACAGUGCAGAAGUAUUCAAAAAUAUUGUUAUUCGCAUGUUUUGUAAGAGUACAGUAAUUUCGCAAGUACCAAAUCUUACCAAUUUACUUCUUAGAAUAGGAACAAUAUACCAGUUUUAUUUGUAUUAACUACACUGGACUUCGUUUCUCAUAUUCAUAGGUACGAAACUGCCAUUCAAUAAGAAAUAAUGAAAGUAGGUACCUAUUCGACAUGACGUAAAAUAUCUAAAAAAAAAAACAUUACUAAGUUUGAUACGUAACCUUCAAAGCCUUAUUUUUAUCGUUUAACUUUAUAUGGAAUAUUAAAGAUGGAUAUUUUAAAGGAAUAACAAGAUUGUAGACUAUUUCCAUAGUUUACAAUAACUAAACACUUAUUGUUAUAUUUCGAAAUUUAAUAAAUUGGACAAGUAAGAUAAGCUGUUCAGUUUCCCCAAGAAACCAUACAAAAACUCAUUCGAGGGAUGUGUAGAUUCGUAAACAUUCCCCAAGAAACCAUAUAAAAACUCAUUCGAGGGAUGUGUAGAUUCGUAAACAUUCCCCAAGAAACCAUACAAAAACUCAUUCGAGGGAUGUGUAGAUUCGUAAACAUUCCCCAAGAAACCAUACCAAAUCUCAUUCGAGGGAUGUGUAGAUUCGUAAACAUUACCCAAGAAACGACACAAAAUCUCAUUCAAGGGAUGCGUAGAUUCGUAAACAUGCCCCAAGAAACCAUACAAAAACUCAUUCGAGGAAUGUGUAGAUUCGUUAACAUUCCCCAAGAAACCAUACAAAAACUCAUUCGAGGGAUGUGUAGAUUCGUAAACAUUCCCCAAGAAACCAUAUAAAAACUCAUUCGAGGGAUGUGUAGAUUCGUAAACAUUCCCCAAGAAACCAUACAAAAACUCAUUCGAGGGAUGUGUAGAUUCGUAAACAUUCCCCAAGAAACCAUACAAAAACUCAUUCGAGGGAUGUGUAGAUUCGUAAACAUUCCCCAAGAAACCAUACAAAAACUCAUUCGAGGGAUGUGUAGAUUCGUAAACAUUCCCCAAGAAACCAUACAAAAACUCAUUCGAGGGAUGUGUAGAUUCGUAAACAUUCCCCAAGAAACCAUACAAAAACUCAUUCGAGGGAUGUGUAGAUUCGUAAACAUUCCCCAAGAAACCAUACAAAAACUCAUUCGAGGGAUGUGUAGAUUCGUAAACAUUCCCCAAGAAACCAUACAAAAACUCAUUCGAGGGAUGUGUAGAUUCGUAAACAUUCCCCAAGAAACCAUACAAAAACUCAUUCGAGGGAUGUGUAGAUUCGUAAACAUUCCCCAAGAAACCAUACAAAAACUCAUUCGAGGGAUGUGUAGAUUCGUAAACAUUCCCCAAGAAACCAUACAAAAACUCAUUCGAGGGAUGUGUAGAUUCGUAAACAUUCCCCAAGAAACCAUACAAAAACUCAUUCGAGGGAUGUGUAGAUUCGUAAACAUUCCCCAAGAAACCAUACAAAAACUCAUUCGAGGGAUGUGUAGAUUCGUAAACAUUCCCCAAGAAACCAUACAAAAACUCAUUCGAGGGAUGUGUAGAUUCGUAAACAUUCCCCAAGAAACCAUACAAAAACUCAUUCGAGGGAUGUGUAGAUUCGUAAACAUUCCCCAAGAAACCAUACAAAAACUCAUUCGAGGGAUGUGUAGAUUCGUAAACAUUCCCCAAGAAACCAUACAAAAACUCAUUCGAGGGAUGUGUAGAUUCGUAAACAUUCCCCAAGAAACCAUACAAAAAACUCAUUCGAGGGAUGUGUAGAUUCGUAAACAUUCCCCAAGAAACCAUACAAAAACUCAUUCGAGGGAUGUGUAGAUUCGUAAACAUUCCCCAAGAAACCAUACAAAAACUCAUUCGAGGGAUGUGUAGAUUCGUAAACAUUCCCCAAGAAACCAUACAAAAACUCAUUCGAGGGAUGUGUAGAUUCGUAAACAUUCCCCAAGAAACCAUACAAAAACUCAUUCGAGGGAUGUGUAGAUUCGUAAACAUUCCCCAAGAAACCAUACAAAAACUCAUUCGAGGGAUGUGUAGAUUCGUAAACAUUCCCCAAGAAACCAUACAAAAACUCAUUCGAGGGAUGUGUAGAUUCGUAAACAUUCCCCAAGAAACCAUACAAAAACUCAUUCGAGGGAUGUGUAGAUUCGUAAACAUUCCCCAAGAAACCAUACAAAAACUCAUUCGAGGGAUGUGUAGAUUCGUAAACAUUCCCCAAGAAACCAUACAAAAACUCAUUCGAGGGAUGUGUAGAUUCGUAAACAUUCCCCAAGAAACCAUACAAAAACUCAUUCGAGGGAUGUGUAGAUUCGUAAACAUUCCCCAAGAAACCAUACAAAAACUCAUUCGAGGGAUGUGUAGAUUCGUAAACAUUCCCCAAGAAACCAUACAAAAACUCAUUCGAGGGAUGUGUAGAUUCGUAAACAUUCCCCAAGAAACCAUACAAAAACUCAUUCGAGGGAUGUGUAGAUUCGUAAACAUUCCCCAAGAAACCAUACAAAAACUCAUUCGAGGGAUGUGUAGAUUCGUAAACAUUCCCCAAGAAACCAUACAAAAACUCAUUCGAGGGAUGUGUAGAUUCGUAAACAUUCCCCAAGAAACCAUACAAAAACUCAUUCGAGGGAUGUGUAGAUUCGUAAACAUUCCCCAAGAAACCAUACAAAAACUCAUUCGAGGGAUGUGUAGAUUCGUAAACAUUCCCCAAGAAACCAUACAAAAACUCAUUCGAGGGAUGUGUAGAUU